AGCUGCGCAGGCGCAGCUCAGAGGUUCUGCCCUUGUGACACUAUAGUUGACAUCAGGAAGGCUGCUCUAUACCAUGUGAUACAUGUUUGUUUGUUUUUUUUAAGAUCUUGCUUUUAAAGGUAAGCGUAGGUCGAAGUGUCGUUCAGUGACUGUGUGAAGGAUUAGCGGGUUUCGAAGAUUAAGAAUGCUGGGCCUAUCAACUUGGCAAGUGUUACUCUGCGCGGCAAUAGCGGCCGUGGUAGCAUACUGCACAACAGUGACGUCAACUAUAUUGGAGUAUGCUUGGUGGUGGCGCGACAGGGUGCGCGCGCGCCGGCGUCUGGUGCGGCUGGCGGCGCGCAUGCCCGGCCCGCCCGCCUGGCCGUUGCUUGGCAACGCGCUCGUCUUCAUGGCUAGUCCUCAAGAUCAAUUGAACAUUAUCACGGGCUUCUUCGAGAAAUAUGGUCCUUAUGUGCGGUUCUGGCUGGGACCAGACCUCAAUAUCUGCAUCAAAGAUCCUGCUGAUAUAAGAAUGCUGCUAACCAGCAAUAAGAUUAACCAGAAGGGGCCACUGUACGAGUUCAUGAAGCAGUUCAUUGGACCGGGUAUUUUAACAGGAGGUCCGACUUGGCGAAACCAUCGGAAGAUAGCAACGCCGUCUUACAACAAGAAGUGUGUCGUGCGCUUUGCCAAAGUCUUCAACAGAGAGGCCCAGGUGCUAGCUGAGGCUUUACUAAAGAAGGACCCUGGGAGAACCUUUGAUGUCUACCAUGACGUAGUGGCCUGUACCACGCAAUGCGUUUGUCAAACAUUGAUGGGCUUGUCUAAAGAAGACUCUACCAAUGUAAAACGUAUGGAGGAAUUGGUUUAUAAAACGCAAACAAUAUACUCGUUCAUCUUCACGAAGAUGACGCACUGGUGGCUCCAGAUACCCUUGAUAUUCAGCCUGACAGGAAGAAAGAAGAUAGGAGACGAAUACCUUCGGCUGCUGGACGACUUCUCUUCGGAUGUAGUGGCGAAGAGGCGGAGAGCCAUGAAAGAGAGUCCUGUGGUUGAUGAAGAGACCCUAGGCGUGGUUGACAGGUUCCUUCUGUCUGGGGAGAUGAGCGACAGGGAGGUGAAAUGGGAGACCUUUACGCUUUUUACUACUAGUCAAGAAGCCUCGGCCAAGAUAGCGGCUGGGGUGCUGUUGAUCCUCGCCCACUUACCCGAAUGGCAGGAUAAAGUACACGACGAGAUACUAGAACUCCUGGGUCCGGUGGACUGUGACGUCACAGAGGAAGAACUCAAGAAGCUGCAUUGCCUGGACAUGGUGUACAAGGAGACCCUUCGGUACCUGUCCAUUGCAGCCUUCAUCCAGAGGACCGUGGAAGAGGAGGUCACAGUCAAGAAUGGUGAGCUGACCCUCCCAUCAGGCGCAUCAGUGAUCAUCCCCAUCCACAUGCUCCACCGCGACCCCCACUACUGGCGGGACCCGUACAAGGUGGACCCAGCAAGGUUUCUGCCCGAAACCGUCCGCGAACGCGACCCUAACGCCUUUGUGCCUUUCAGCCUUGGCGCUAUGGACUGUCUGGGUCGUGUGUACGCGACUUCCCUGAUCAAAACCCUGGUGGUGCGAGUUCUCCGAAAAGUCCAGCUGGAGGCAGAUGGAAACAUUGAAGACCUGGAUUUAAAUGUGGCCAUCUCCGUCAAAUUUGCUGACGGGUACAAUUUAAGGGCACGGCCGAGAGUUUAGAAUAUAGGUAGACAAUACUUCAAUAUAAGUACGCCAUUAAGUCAAAUAGGGCUGGCGAUAAACUCAUGUCCAUUUCUUAGAGUACCAUAAAUCCCGGACCCUUAGUUAUUUUCUCCCGGCAUUUCUUUUCUAUUUAUUUGGGAAACAAACAGCUAUAAUAUUACAAUUACAUCUUACAUCGAAAUCUUUUCUUUAUAUUCUUACUUUUCUUCCUAUUCCCGGGAUUUUCUUAGCAAAUCCCGGGAAUCCCUAAAUAUGUGAUAAAAAUGAAUAUGUGUACUUAUAUAUGAAUCCGGGGAUUUAUAGUACCGGGAUUUCCGCGACUGUUCUCUACUUUUCCCAAAGAAGAGUUUUUAACAAGUGGGUACUUGUUCCUCUUCUGGAGGGGUUAAAAUGGCCACAUCGGAGCAAUUCAUCCAAGAAAGAAAUAUUGCAAUUUGACAUUUGCGCAUAUAAAGGUAAGUGCGCAAUGCAAACAAAUGUCAAAUAGCAAUAUUGCUUUCUUUGAUGAAUUGCUUCGAUGUGGUCAUUUUAACCCCCCUGAACCGUAUUUGUUUUUAUUCGCUUGAAUUUUUAAAGUGUGUAAGUUUUACGCUUAUAUUAAUACCUAUGUAACUAUCUUAUUACGAAAUAAUUUAAGUAAGUAAGUUAGAUAAUGUUUAACAAUAAAUCUGUAGAAUAUAA